AUGAAGGAGGUGUCGGAUCUUCCCAAUGGAGAAGGGAGGAUGCUUCGGGAUUCUUCGGUCAGUGAACCUACUGAAGAUAAACACGAACGGAUGACACCAUUUCAAAAGCUAUCUUUAGAUCUCAGUAAUGAUCAAAAGUGCUUGAAGGAAAUAACUUUAGGUAAAAGAAUUGGAUUUUACAGAAUUCGUGGGGAGCUAGGAAGUGGCAACUUCUCUCAAGUGAAAAUGGGUAUACACGCCCUAACAAAAGAGAAAGUGGCAAUAAAGAUCCUUGAUAAAACAAAAUUGGAUCAGAAGACUCAGCGACUUUUGUCCAGAGAGAUCUCAAGCAUGGAGAAGCUUCACCAUCCUAACAUUAUCCGUCUAUAUGAGGUGCUUGAAACCCUAGCUAAACUGCAUAUAGUCAUGGAAUAUGCAGGAGGAGGCGAACUCUUCACAAAAAUCUCCAACGAAGGCAAAAUGCCUGAACAGGAAGCCAAACAUAUAUUUGCUCAAGUGAUUGCAGGAGUAGAACACAUGCACAAACAUAAUAUCAUUCACAGAGAUCUGAAAGCAGAGAAUAUAUUCUACAAUGGACCAAAGAGUGUGAAAAUUGGUGAUUUUGGAUUCAGUACAAUAAGCAAAAUAGAUCAGACUCUGAACACAUUUUGUGGGUCACCACCUUACGCAGCUCCCGAACUCUUUAAGGAUGAAAGCUAUUGUGGUGUGUAUGUGGAUAUAUGGGCUCUAGGAAUCAUGCUGUACUUUAUGGUGACUGGAGUUAUGCCAUUUAGAGCAGACACUGUAGCCAAAUUAAAAAAGUGUAUCCUUGAGGGAAAUUACAUAAUUCCCUCAUACAUAUCAGACAGUGGGCAAUUCCUUAUUAGGAGUAUCAUGAAACCAGUUCCGCAUGACAGAUUUUCUAUACGAGAAAUCCGCAAUAGUGAUUGGUUGGAUGGACAGGAUUUUCCGGAAGCCCUUCAACCUUAUAACCUGCUGCCAGGAUCUGAUACAUCCACACUGUCUUCAGAUGAAAAGGAAGCUCGUGUCAUGUUACAAGAUCUUGGAAUAGGUGAAGAACAUUUGAAAGGUUCAGGACAUAGAGAUUCACGGAGUAGUAUAACGGGGACCUACAGAAUAUUGUUACAUCGUGUUCAGAAAAAGAAUUCUGGAGUAGAUGAUAUCGGUAUGGAAAACUUUGGGAAAUCAGAUGAUUCUGGUAAUAACAACAGAGAACGGUACCCACCGAAACCUCAACAAGAAUCCAAGUUUUGUGUCAUUCUUUAA